CCGUUCUUGCUUUUACACUUCUCCCAUUCCUCUUCGAGAAUUCUGGAUUGCGUGGAUAAGACUUGCUCCACAACCGGGGUCACAAUAGGCUCACAAAAUUCCAAAUUAACUGUAAAAGCAAGGGAAAUACUGGGAGAAAAUGGAGGUGGGUAUGUCUCUAAAUGCUCUAGUUAGGAUUCCAUGGUCGAGUUCGAGAACUUCUGAAGAUGGGUUUGUCAGACACUCCCUCUUCUCCUCGCGCUCAACCCAGAAGUUUCGUCGACAAGAACAACGACGGGGUUUGGUGGUUGAAGCCAAGGGCAAGAGAGGAAUGCAAGCUCGUCAAUUUCAGCGACCCCCGGGUCCCUCUUUGCCAAAGCUUGAAGACGAUGGAAACCCCAAAUUUGUUGUCUUCAUUCGCAUGGCCAAUGUUUUUCUCUGGUACCCAUUAAGUGUAAUAACUGGUGGCACCACGGCCAAAAUCAUGGUUGCUGCGAAGGAUAAUUUUCUUGGGAAAUAUAUCUACAAAGAUACUCUUGCUAGGAAUCUCGCAGCAGUCAUUUAUCAAGAUGAGAAGGAAAUACAGAAAACUGCAUUCAGGCAGCAUCGUGUGUUGCGGUCAGCUACUGAAUUCAGAUAUGGCUACAAGCUUGUUGAAAAUAGCAAUUUGAGAGCAGCACUUUCCACUUCAGAUGUUAUUGAGCUUCCAACACCAGAGAAGCUAAAAACAGUGGUUGACAAAGUCAAAGACUUCUUUGGGGAUGCAAAAGAGUCUUUUGGGAAGCUGACAGCUUUGAACACAUCGGGAACUGAGGAGUCGGAGGAAGCUACUAACGAAAAGGCCAAGGUCAAGGGCUGAAGGUUUAAGCCAUUCUCGCCACGUUAAGAUGAUAUCGCUUCUGCGGAAGUCGAUCUUGGUGGUUCUUUCUUGCGGUACAUAGAGUUGGAAUGGUGAGGUGCUGUAGACUUUCACCAGACGGUUUUGUUCAUAAAAUUCUGUCUAGCAAACAAAUUUGAUGCUCUUUUUGUUAUCACAUCUAAAUUCAUUUAUAUGUGAAAAAUGUAAUGUAAAAGCUCCAGAAAUUCGUUGUAGUAGUUCUUGAGAGGCUGCUGGUUCAUUGCAUACCAUAAUGCCAUAAUCUUUCCUGA